GUACUGUCCCACAAGUCCACACGUCGCGGCGACGUCCCCACAAGUCCACACGUUCCGACAGAGGACACUGCCCGGUGAGCCAGUCACAUCAUUUACUGCCUCGCGACAAGUGGGACCCAGUCCGGCGACUCCCAUCUCCUCUGCUUCUCCGACAAAAGUAACCCACCACGCCGCCGCAUCUUCACGCCGCGGCGACGUCCCGAAUGUGACGCAAUCCACCACCACCCGCCAUCAUGUCAGCUUCCUCCUCCGCCCUCCCGUGGUGGCUCUCCACCACCGCCUGCUCCCCGCCGCCGCCGUCGCACUCCAUCCCCGGCCGCCUCGCCUUCCUCUUCCUCUCCCCCUGCCCGCAGCGCGCGCUCCUCGCCGCCCUCGACCUCCUCUUCCUCCUCGCUGCACUCUCCCUCGCCCUCCGCGCCCGCCUCUCCCGCCGCCCCACCACAGGCAGCAGCCUCGACUUCCACUACCACGCGCGGGAGCCCCUCCUCGACAAACCCACCACCACCACCACCGACCAGCCGCGCCCCCGCAGCGGGGGCUUCCGGCACGGGCUCGCGCUCGCGGCGUCCACGGCCCACGCGGCUGUUUCUCUCGUGCUGCUCGUCCUCGCGCUCCUUCGCCUCCGGGGGAGGACGGUGUGGGUCGCGGCGGAGUGCGCCUUUCUCGCCGCGCACGCCGUCGCGCACCUCGCGGCCACGGGGGUCAUCGCGGCAGAGAAGAAGGCCGCGGUGCGGGCCCACCCGGUUCACCUCAGGCUCUUCUGGCUCGGCACGGGGGCUUUCGCCGCGCUAUUCUCCGGGGGCGCGGCCGCGCGCUACGCCGCCGGGGAGCCGCUCGUCCCCGAUGACCCGCUCGCGUUCGCGUGGCUAGCGCUGUCGCUCCCGUUGCUGUACUUCUCGGUCACUGGAUCCACCGGUCUCGGCGACGCGGCGGCAACCGGUGUUUCCGAUGACCAUGCCGCAGCGGCGGAGGAGACGUACGCGACGGCUUCGUGGCUCUCGCUCGCGACGUUUGGUUGGAUCGAUCCACUCAUCGCCAAGGGCGCCAGGGCGGCGCUUGCGGCAGAGGACGUCCCGCCGGUGGCGCCGGCCGACACCGCCGAAUUGGCGUACGCGCUGUUCGUCUCCAACUGGCCCACGCCGGCGCCGGGGUCCAAGGCCGAGCGCCCGGUGCUCACUGCGCUGCUGCGGUCCUUCUGGCCGCAAUUCUUGUUCACCGCGGUGUUGGGGUUGGCGCACCUCUCGGUCAUGUACAUCGGCCCGUCGCUCGUGGACAGGUUCGUUGAGUUCGUGCGCCACGGUGGGGAGGUCACGGAGGGGCUGCAGAUGGUCGCCGUCCUGCUCGUCGGUAAGGCGGCCGAGACGCUGGCGUCGCACCACUACGAGUUCCAGGGGCAGAAGCUGGGGAUGCGCAUCCGCGCCGCGCUGCUCGCGGCCGUGUACCGCAAGUCGCUGCGGCUGUCCACGGGCGCGCGGCGAGCGCAUGGUGCCGGCGUGAUCGUGAACUACAUGGAGGUGGACGCCGAGGAGGUGGCCAACGUCACGCACGAGCUCCACAGCCUGUGGCUGAUGCCGUUGCAGAUCGCCGUGGCGCUCGCCCUGCUCUACACCCACCUCGGCCCCGCCGUGCUCACUGCGGUCGCUGCGAUCGCCGUGGUCACCGUGGUCGUGGCCCUCGCCAACAAGCGCAACCUGGAGUAUCAGUUCAAGUUCCUCGGCAAGCGCGACGAGCGCAUGAAGGCCAUCACCGAGUUGCUCAACUACAUGCGCGUGAUCAAGCUGCAGGCGUGGGAGGAGAUGUUCGGGGACAAGAUCCGCGAACUCCGGGAGGCCGAGCUCGGGUGGCUAGCCAAGUCCAUGUACUUCAUGUGCGCCAACACUGUCGUGCUCUGGAGCGGGCCGCUUGCCAUGGCCGUGCUCGUGUUCGGCACGUGCGUGCUGACUGGCGUCGAGCUUGACGCCGGCAAGGUGUUCACGGCCACCGCGUUCUUCAGAAUGCUUGAUGGACCUAUGCAGAGCUUCCCCGAGGCGAUUGCUGCUGUGACACAGGCAACUGUGUCUCUUGGCAGGCUUGACAGGUACCUGCUUGACGCGGAGCUCGAUGACUCAGUGGUAGAGCGCGUGGAUGACACUGGCAUUGGCGCAGGCAAUUUGGUUGUGGGGGUGUGUGACGGCGUUUUUGCGUGGGACGUGAGGGGCAAGAAAGGGAACGGAGAGGGUGAGGACGAUGACAAUGACAACGAAAGUGAGGAGAAAGAUGUGGAAGGGACACCGGUGCUGGAGACGGUGCUGAAGGGGAUCAACGUGGAGGUAAGGAAGGGCGAGCUUGUGGCGGUGGUCGGGAUGGUUGGCUCCGGCAAGUCAUCGCUGCUGUCCUGCAUAAUGGGGGAGAUGGAGAAGGUCUCCGGCACGGUUAGGGUAUGUGGGAGCACUGCAUAUGUUGCACAGACUGCUUGGAUCCAGAAUGGAACCAUUCAAGAGAAUAUCUUAUUUGGACAGCUGAUGCAUGCUGAAAGAUAUAAAGAAGUUAUACGAUCUUGCUGCCUCGAAAAAGAUUUGGAAAUGAUGGAAUUUGGCGACCAGACUGAAAUAGGAGAGCGAGGAAUCAAUCUCAGUGGCGGGCAGAAACAGCGUAUUCAGCUUGCCAGAGCAGUUUAUCAAAAUUGUGAUAUAUAUCUUCUUGAUGAUGUCUUCAGUGCUGUUGAUGCACAUACUGGUUCAAAUAUCUUUAAGGAGUGUCUAAGGGGCACACUUAAGGGACAGACCAUCAUACUUGUAACACACCAAGUGGAUUUCUUGCAUAAUGUGGACAAUAUAAUUGUCAUGAGAGAUGGUAUGAUCAUGCAGUCGGGAAAGUAUGAUGAGUUACUAGAAGCAGGCUCAGAUUUUGCAGCUCUUGUUGCUGCUCAUGACAGUUCAAUGGAACAGGUGGAUCAAAGCCGGCAAUUAGAGAAAACAGAACAUUCUCAGCCUGCUGCAGUAAUUAGAAUCCCUUCUCUUCGCUCCAGAUCCAUUGGAAAGGGUGAGAAGCUGGUCGUUGCACCAGACAUAGAAGGAGCCACUUCGAAGAUCAUACAAGAAGAGAAAAGGGAGAGUGGUCAAGUGAGUUGGCGAGUGUACAAGCUAUACAUGACAGAGGCUUGGGGUUGGUGGGGGGUUGGGGCCAUGCUUGCUUUUGCAUUGAUAUGGCAAGGUUCUGAUAUGGCUAGCGACUAUUGGCUAUCGUACGAAACGUCAGGCAGCAUUCCAUUUAACCCAUCCUUAUUCAUUGGAGUUUAUGUGUCUAUAGCUGUUUUUUCAAUAGUCCUUCAAGUAAUCAAGACUCUCCUUGAGACAGUUUUGGGACUUCAAACAGCUCAGAUAUUUUUCAAAAAGAUGUUUGACAGCAUUCUGCGUGCUCCAAUGUCAUUUUUUGAUACCACUCCUUCAGGAAGGAUUCUCAGUCGGGCAUCAUCUGACCAAACAACCAUUGAUGUCGUGCUGGCCUUUUUUGUUGGUCUGACAAUUUCAAUGUACAUUUCAGUAUUCAGCACCAUAAUUGUUACUUGUCAGGUCGCUUGGCCAUCAGUUAUAGCUGUAGUUCCACUUCUACUAUUGAACAUUUGGUACAGGAAUCGCUAUCUUGCCACUUCUCGGGAGUUAACUCGACUUGAAGGAGUAACAAAUGCACCAGUUAUUGAUCACUUCUCAGAGACUGUUCUAGGUGCUACAACCAUAAGAUGUUUCAAAAAGGAGAAAGAAUUUUUCCAGGAGAAUAUAGACAAAAUUAAUUCAAGUUUGCGCAUGUACUUCCACAACUAUGCAGCAAACGAAUGGCUUGGGUUCCGACUGGAGCUGAUUGGAACACUCGUAUUGUCAAUAACUGCUUUUCUCAUGAUCAGCUUGCCCAGUAAUUUUAUCAAGAAAGAAUUUGUUGGUAUGUCUCUUUCGUAUGGCCUUUCCCUCAAUUCUCUGGUGUACUUUGCAAUAUCCAUUAGCUGUAUGUUAGAAAAUGAUAUGGUUGCUGUGGAGAGGGUAAAUCAGUUCAGCACUCUUCCUUCUGAGGCGGCAUGGAAAAUAGAAGACCAUCUUCCUUCUCCGAAUUGGCCCACUCACGGAGAUAUCGACAUUAAGGACCUAAAGGUUAGGUACCGACCAAAUACACCUCUAAUUCUGAAAGGCAUUAAUGUAAGCAUCAAUGGUGGAGAAAAGAUAGGAGUUGUAGGAAGGACAGGCAGUGGCAAGUCAACUUUGAUCCAGGCAUUGUUCAGGCUUGUUGAGCCUGCAGAGGGGAAAAUGAUCAUUGAUGGGAUAGACAUAUGCACACUGGGUCUGCAUGAUCUGAGAUCUCGCUUCGGCAUAAUUCCUCAGGAACCAGUUUUGUUUGAAGGAACAAUUCGAAGCAACAUUGAUCCAAUUGGGCAGUAUUCAGAUACUGAAAUAUGGCAGGCUCUGGAGCGCUGCCAGCUGAAAGAUGUAGUAGUUUCAAAACCUGAAAAACUAGAUGCUCCAGUGGCUGAUAGCGGAGAGAACUGGAGCGUAGGCCAAAGGCAGCUUCUUUGUCUUAGUCGAGUCAUGUUGAAGCAGGCCCAAAUCUUAUUUAUGGAUGAGGCAACUGCUUCAGUUGAUUCCCAAACUGAUGCAACGAUUCAGAAGAUCACGCGACAGGAGUUUUCAUCGUGUACAAUAAUUAGCAUCGCGCACAGAAUACCAACAGUCAUGGACUGUGACAGAGUUUUGGUGCUGGAUGCAGGCCUGGUAAAAGAAUUUGAUGCACCAUUGAGGUUGAUCGAACAACCGUCCCUCUUCGGUGCGAUGGUUCAGGAGUAUGCCACUCGCUCGUCGAACCUGUAACUCCACCCAUGAUGCUGCGUAUUUAAGACAUAAAUAAGAGUCAUUUUGAUAUAUUGACUUGAGUGUACAUAUGGAGAAACUUGUGGAUAAAUAAAUCUAGAAGUUUGGCAGUGUUAGGAGUGCAUGUUAGUGAUAUGCUCUAGAAGUAAUUAGAGAUUGAAUCACAUCUAUAUUUAUGUACUUUUGAAUAAUGUAUUAUUCUGUUUCAUGGAUAACUAUAAUUUAUUGUUA